UGCUGGUUUACAAUAUUGAGUAGUAUUAUAUAUAUUAGUGCUCUCAAACAAUUGAACUAUCAUUUUGUAAAUGCUCAAUUAGCAUCAGAAAUUCCAUUGGUGAUACACAACAGUAACUUCAUUAUAAGUUCACUUGUUCAGCCAUGGAAGCUCCAUCGGAGGCACAGUUAUCAAGAAGUACUGGAGGCUGGAUCAGCUUCCCCUUCAUCAUAGCGACCACAGUAAGCGUGACCCUAGCAUUUGGAGGCUGGACAAGCAACCUAAUUGUGUAUCUGAUAAAGGAAUUUAAUGUGGAGAGCAUCGAUGCUGCCCAGAUAUCAAACUUGGUGAAUGGUGCUGGAUGCUUGGUUCCUGUCCUCGCUGCAAUUAUUGCCGACUCAUAUCUUGGUUGCUACUCUAUCAUCUGGAUUUCAUCCCUCAUCUCUUUAUUGGGCACAAUCCUUUUAGCUUUAACAGCUACAAUUGAUUCUUUGAGGCCUAAACCCUGUGAAGUUGGCUCAACCUCAUGCAGCCCUACCCCAAGAGUUCAAUAUGUUGUACUCUAUGCAGCCAUAUUUAUUGCAACAUUGGGAAAUGGUGGUCUCCGAUCAAUAAUUUCAACGAUGGGAGCCAACCAAUUUAAUAAGCCAAAAGAUCAAGGAAUUUUCUUCAACUGGUUCUUCUUUUUCGUUUAUGGUUCUAAUGUAGUAGCCACCACAGUUAUUGUCUAUGUUGAAGAUAAUGUGAGCUGGAAAGUUGGAUUUUUCAUUUGUGUAGCAACUAAUGUUCUUGGUUUAGUCAUGUUCCUAGUGGGAAGCAGAUUUUACACAAAUUCUAAGCCAGAAGGGAGUCCAUUUACCAGUUUGGCACGUGUUGUGUUUGCUAGUAUUAGGAAAAGAAAAAUCCCGCUCCCAUCGACUAGUGAAGAUUUCUACCACGGACAUACCAUAGCACCCGAAGCAAUAUCUUUUGCCCCUUCAAAAACCUUCAGGUUCUUUAACCGUGCAGCAAUUAAAAGUGAAGGUGACAUUAAACCAAAUGGUUCUACAACUAAUAAGGCAUGGAGACUUUGUUCAGUACAAGAAGUAGAAGAUUUCAAAGCCUUAAUUAAAAUCUUGCCAUUAUGGUCAAGUAGCUUUUUUCUUGGCACAACAAUUGGUGUACAAGGAAGUAUGUCAGUCCUUCAAGCCUUAGCAAUGGACCGUCACUUAGGACCCAAUUUCCAAAUCCCAGCUGGUUCCAUACUUGUCUUUGUUAUGGUCUCUACUGCUCUAUUCCUCGCCCUGUUCGACAAAUUUAUCUUUCCCACGUGGAAGAAAUUGACUGGCAAAUCACUUACUCCCCUCCAGCGAAUUGGAGUCGGGCACGUGCUCAAUUUCCUAUGCAUGGGUGUUUCAGCCUUAGUCGAGUCAAAGAGGCUAAAGGUAGCAAAAUCCAAUCAAAGUUCCAAUAUUGUGCCUAUGUCUGUGUUAUGGCUUGUGCCACAAUUAGCACUUGUUGGCAUUGCAGAGGCAUUUCAUUUUCCUGGACAAGUUGCAUUCUAUUACCAAGAAUUUCCAACAACCUUAAAAAACAUGGCGACCGCGAUGCUUCAAGUGAUUUUAGGGGUCGCAUUUUACUUGACUACUGCUCUCAUUGAUGUUGUUAGAAGGACAACUACAUGGCUACCAGUUAACAUAAACAAUGGAAGGCUGGAUAAUGUGUAUUGGGUAUUAGUUGUGGGGGGAAUUUUAAACUUUGGUUACUAUGUAACAUGUGCUUGGUUUUACAAGUACCAAAACAUGAAGGAACUGGAUCACUAUGGGUCUACUUCUGAUGAGUGAUUCACGGGUCAAAAAGAAUAAAAGACAAAUUCGUAUAAUUUUGUUUGGGGUUUGACAAUCAAAUGGAACCAUUACCAGUAUUUUUUUCACAUAAAAAAAAGUCAGUACCUAAAUCAUCUAUAUAUGAUUUAUGAAUAAAAAAACGUAAACCACUCGUUUUACACCUAUUUGGAUGUUUGUAAAUAAAU